CAUAAAAAAAACAUAUAUUUUUGGGCAAAAAACGCUAAACGGUUUUUUUAAAAAAAAAAAAAAAUGUAUCUUGUGGCAAAAAUUGCUUGCUAGGGACAAUUUUUCGCAAAAUCUCUCUCUGUUGAUGCACCGAAUUGAACACUUGUUGACGAAAAAUUUCAUUGGACAUGUACCUGGGUGAAUCUGAGGCAACGUAUAUAAAAAAAAAAAAAAUUCGUGUGCCGCCUCUCUCUUUGGUUUUUUCGGUGCGUUCCGACCGAAAUGGUAAUGGAUAAACAAAAACUGUACGAACACUGCCUCGUUUGCUGCAUGUGGAUCGCCUUAGCAGCCUUAGCCACUGUCGGGACCCACGUGGUCCCCCAAAACGCUCACUGUGUCGUCUACACAGACAGCUGCGGACAGUUACUGGACACCCUCCCGGUGUGCCAAGAUUUUAAUCGACAACUCUGCAACCGUCCCGCCUGCAAAUUUAUUCACCUUUAUGAUGGAAACGUAGAGGUAAUAGAGAAUCGUGUAACAGUAUGCAGAGAUGCGGUUAAGGGCGCGUGUUUGCGGCCCCAGUGUAAAUAUUACCAUAUACCGGUGGCCUUGCCUCCGGCACCCCUAUUGGCUGUCAGCACCUCUGCAUCUACCUAGUAACUUGUUCUCGUACUCACGAUCUCAUCCAUCGUCGACGAAGAGUUACAAGAAAAAGCAAAAAAAAAAAAAAAUUUAAAUAAAGAAAAAAGUCAAAAGAAAGGAUCGAAGAGGAUAUAUUUCUGCCCGCUCAAAAGGAUCCAGAAAACAAAAAAAAAACCUUGGCUGUCGAAGACGCGAACAAUCGCAGUAGUUAGUAUAGACUAUAAAAGCGAAUCGUCAUGUCACCUUUCAAAACUUGACAUGCGUGCAGAAUUCGUCGAAAGAAAUAACUGAGGUAGAACGCGAUAAUAAAUAAUAAAACGCGAAUGCAGGUGCUGUUUCACGGAACGAACUACUAAAAAAAAAAAAGCCUAUUAUAUAUAUAUUUUAUAACGAAUAGAUUAUUUUUUUCCUCAUUCUUCUUUAAAAAAAAACAAUUUUAUUUAUUUUCAAUUUUUUUUUUCACUAGCAAUUUUAAGUUCAAAAUUUUAUUUUUUGUUUUCAAUAUAGAAGAACGAGGAAGAAGGAAAAAUCUUUUUAAACUUUGGCCUCGCGAUAUAGUCGAUAGAAAAUAUAGUUUUUUUUUUAAAAUAACAAUUGCCAUUUUGGAUUUUAUUAAUUUUGAUAAAUAUCAUUUUUUUUUUUUUUUAUUGCAAAACGGAAAUUUUCACGUCUUCCUGAAUAUUUUCAACUUUUGCGAACAAAACAAAAAAAAGAAUAGUCCUAGCUUCCAGUGACUUUAUUGACUGGUUUAAUAAUAAUUAAUUUCUAUCCCUCACGUUAUUUCUCGUGAUAAUAAUUGAUAUUAUGGCCAAUUAGAUCCGUUAGAUUUAAGAAAUAUUUUAUUUGUGAUUUUAUUUCAUUUAACUUUCUAUAUUUUAAUUUUUAAAAAACCUUUUCGGUUUUUCUACUAUGUCGAGUGAUUUUUCUCUUCUUCUUUUUAUUUGUUAGUUGCAAGUAAUGUGUAUAGAUAUAUUGAAAAUCGACUUUUAUACUAAUAAACGUUAACAAAAUAUUUUAUACGCGAUCUUCAAGCGAAACGAAAGUUCACGUACCUUGAGUUAAGUUAGUCCUAUAUAUAUAUAUAUUUAAACGUUCGUUAAGUGUGUCUGAUUUAUUCAAGUCAUUUUAUCCCAGUGUUCAUUUUCCAUCAUGUUUUAUUAUUAUUAUUAUUAUUAUUAUUAUUAUUAUAUUAUAUAUAGAAAAAAAUUGUACAAUUUCAAAUUUUCUCAUUAUAGAAAUGUGUACAAGUUUUUUUUUUAUUAUUACAAAAUUUGUUUAAGUCGAAGUUUUAUUAUAUUAUAUUAUUAUUAGAAAUUUAUAAGAUUUUGAAUUUUAAUAGAUUUAAGAAUGUUUAAAUCGUUUAUGUAUAUAUAAAUUCAAAAAACGAGAAACGAUUUUUCACGAAAAAUAAUAAAAUAAAUAAUUUUAAAUAAUUUCAUUGAGUAAAAUUUUAAAUAUUUUUUUCUGAAAAUUGUUUCUUUUAAAAAAUUUUUCAAUAUUAAAAUCAAUUUAGAUUUGGAAAAUUUUUUUUAUUCUUUUUUUUUUUAAAUAACAAGAGCGCAUCAACUUGACCUCGUCGAUUUUGAUGAAACUUACAACAAUGAUAGAACUUGGUAUUGUAUUGUAAGCACUAGCGUAAUUGUUAUGGUCUCUGACUGUAGUCCUCAACGUCGAGGGUUCGAUUCUUCUCGCUAAUAUAUUUUUUUUUUUCAAAUAAAGUAAAUUUAAUUUAAAACAAGAAAAAAUGAAUAAAAUAAACAAUAAAUCUUUGAUUAAAUAUUCUUAAUACUUUUUAUUUUUUUUACCAGAAUUAAAAAUUUUUUUCAGUAGAAAAAAAAGAAAUUAAAAAUACAAAAAAUAUAGAAAAAAAAGUAUGUGAGAGAAGAUUCGAACCCUAGACGUUGGGAACAGCGGUCAGUCACCUUAACAACUGCGCUAUUGCCUAAAGAGAGAAUUUAAAAUCUCAUUUUCUCGAAAAUUUCUUCAUAGUGGGCUUUUAUACUUCACCCCUAUGUUCCUAAUACCGAGAUCUAUUACAGUUUCAAUUUUUAUCAAAAUCGAUGAGGUCAAGUUGGUGCGCUCUUUUUUGUGGAACCAAAAAAAAUUACACAUUAUCGAGAGAAAAAUCAUUUUUCGUAUUUUUUCACUAGAAAAGGAAUCGUAAUUUUAUUUUUUUUUCCCCCUAAUUAUAAAGAAGUAAUUAAUUUAAUUUUUGUUUUCGAUUCACUCUCUCUAAGAAUUAAAUAAUUCUUCCAUAAAUAAAAUGGAAAAAUUGAUUAAAACCGUAAAAGACGAUUUUAAUAUAAUCUGAUGGAAAGUGAUUUUUUUUUUUUUUCAAAUGAAUGUUAAAGUUUGCUAUCUUAAAGUUCAUCCGUGAAAACAGACGACCCUGGACUCGUUCCUUAUUAAAUUUUCAGGGACAUCAUCGCGCGAUGUAAAAUAAAAAAAAAAAGAAAAAAUUUUUUUUUUUGGGAUCGUUGAGAAUCAUAAUAGUUUCCAGGCAGACGGCGCAUAUACAUAUAUAAAUAUUAUAAAUAAAUAUAUUAUAUAUAUAUGUUUGUAUGCACAUGUGGACGCGAAAAACGUGUUUCACAUCAGUUUUGACGCGUUCGUAUGCGCGUACCAUGAAAUUAUUAUUAAUAUUGUAUCGCAUAAGUAGGAUAGCUAGGGCUCAAGGGCCAACCAACGGAUGACGAAUGACUGAUUUAUUGACGCGAUCGUGAUGAGAAUUAUAUUAUUAUUAUUAUUAUUAUUAUAAUGACAAUUUCAACGAGGGGAUUUGAAAAAAAAAGAUUUUAUACUUGUGUAAAACAAAAGAAAAAAAAAACUUGAUCAAAUAUUUCGUUUGUUUGUUAUUUAUUUUAUUCGAAAAGAAAAUUAUUAUUCAUGAGCAACGUGUAUAAAAAUAAACACCACUAUAGAAUUAACCGUUAAUUUCUGUCAUUUCAUGAGGCAAAAAUCUCAUUUGGAUAUUGACAAAAAAAAAAUUUAUUAGAUUAUAGAAAAAUUUUUUCGUUUAGAAAAAUUUCGUUAUUUUGAAAAAAUUAUUUAUUAUUUAAGGAUUAGAGGCAAUUUGUAAAGAAAAAAAUUUAGUGCAAUCGUUUUUUUUAUUUUAUAUAAAAAAAAAAGUUAAGUUUUGUAGAUUUUUGCGAAUUGGAAAGACAGAAAUAUUAAUUCUCGGUUAAUUAAUAGGGUUCAUUUUAUAUAUGAUCAAUGAAUGUGAGAUUAAGAGGGACAGAUUUUUUUUUUUUUAUAAAGCCGUCCAAGUUUAAGAGCAACAGUUUCAUUUUGGAAAUUUAUUUUCAAAUCGGAUAGUUAAGAGAGUUUUAGAGAUUUCGAUUUUUUCUUGGAUAACAAAAAUUUUUUUUUAUUCAAGAAAGUGGCAUCUACGAAAACUAAAAAAAAAAAAAAAACUCGAUGAAUUGGUUAUUAUGAAUGGAUAAUUUUUAAAGAUGUAAUAGUCUUGAAUUGUGAUAAUAGUCUGGAAUAAUUUGUAAAAUGCAAUAAUGAAUUUGAAUCGAUUGUGCUUAUAAUGUCAAAAAGGAACUUGCAAGUUGCUCUUUAUACAGACGCAAUAUGUAUGUAUGUAAGUGUAAUGAUAAAACGUAUGUGAGUGCGUGUGUGUGUGAGAAAGAGAGAAAGAGCGAUAGGGAAAGCAAGACGAAAUAAUAAUUAACGAACAAAACAAACGAACAAAAAAAAAAAAAAAAAAAACUGAAAAACACCAGACAUUAGGCAUUGAAAAAAAAAAUCUCCCGGAUCGGGAAUAAAGCUUUAUGACGAGGCUUUCAGCCCUUUAAACUUGUGUCUCACUCUCAGCGUCAAGAAUUUGUCUAUAAAUUACAAAAAAAAAAAAAAAAAAAAAAUGAAAAAGUGCUGAAAGCUCUCGUCUGGCGACUGUACUAUUCAAAGAAUAAUAAUAAUAUAUAUUAUAUAAAUAAAUAAAUAUAUAUGUAAUUAAAAAAUUAUAUUUAACUAUAAAAAUAGAUUUUCAAAGAACGGUAUUAAUAAUUAACUAGAAAUGAUAGGUGCGAAGUUUUGACACUUAUUCAAACACGACUUAAUGAAGAAAAUAAAACGCGUAAAAAAAAAAAUAAACUCAUUGUAAGAAACUGCUUCUGAGAAAGAAAAAAAGGAAAAUGAAUUUAAAAUUCUCAUAAACAGUUUGACUGUCUUACGUGAAUAAUUGAAAAAAAAAAAAUUUUUUAUAUAAGAAUAUAAUUUGUAAUAAUCGUUUUAACUCUGAGAUUAUUGAUAUAUACACAAAAAAGUUAGUUUCUUCCGUCGAAGACUAGAUUUUGACGUCGGUCCCUUCAUUUUCACGUAGAUAAACUUAAACGAAUUUUUCUAUAUCUCUUAUAUAGAUAAAAAAAUAUCGAUUGUAUUUGAUAGAGAAAAGAUGAUGAGAAUGAAAGAAAAAUUCUAAAUUUUCCAAUUGAAUGACAAAAUACAAAAAAAUAAAAUAAAGCCAGGUGAUUAUCAUUUUAAUACCAGGGGAAUAGAAGAGAUUCUAGCAGUGGAAAAUAAAAAAAAAAGAAAUAAUUUUAUUGCCUAAUGAUCUGUGAUUAAAAUGUAAACGAUAUUCAACGAGUUUCAUUCUACUAGAGAGGAUUUAAAAAAAUAAUAAUAAUUAACCUGACAUGAAUAAUUUUUUUCUAAGCAGGUUAUUUAAAAACCAAUUAUUAUUUAUUGGAACACACAAUCAACCGUCCAUGAAAAUCUCAAACAUUCCCCUGGUAAAAAAUGAGCAAAAAAAAACAAAAAUUAUUCAACAGACUGCGAGUCAAAGUUUUCCGUAUUUUUAGAUAUUAUGCGAAAAAGAAAGAUGAUGAUGAUGAUGAUGAAGAAGAAAAUGUGACAAAUUUAACUAGUCAUGAACGAUAACGUUAGGGUUCUCCGCGUUUCGAUUAAUUAUUCGAUUGGUUUUCCUAUUCAUUCUACGAUAACAUAAUUACUCGAAUGCACCCUAGACGUAAUAAUAAAAAAAAACUGAUUCUAGUUAACAAAUUAAAAUAUAGCGAGAUUAACAAGUAAAAAAAAAACAAGUAAAUGUUCCUGUACAGCAUUUAAGAAUCAAACGACACCUCAUCAAAUCACAAAAAAAAAUGGAACACUUGGUAUUUAAAGGGAAACGUAAUUUCCACAUUUUUCAAAAAGUACCUCUAUUGAGCAAUUUUUAGCUAGACUAGUUUUAAUAAAUUAAGUAAAAUUAAAGUAAAUUACAAUUUUUAGAUAGAUUAUUACAAAUUUCAUUAUAAACAAACAGCAAAAAAAAAAAGUAAAAGAUUGAAAAAGGACAUCGAUAAUAUCAAAGUUCAGAAAUUGAGAUUAUAUAAGUAUAGUACAAGUUUGAUAUAUAUUGUAAUAUUAUUCGGAAUCUAGUUCCCUCUUAAUACCAAAUCCACACUCUCAGUACAUUAUAAAUAAUAUAGUUAACAAAAAUUGAAAUGAAUUAAUACUCAU